GGUGGGGGCGCCCACCGACUGCCCGCCCUUAUGUUCCCCGCGCAGGACACUCUGCCCCGCGGCGGGCUGAACCUGAAGGAGGAGCCGCUGCUGCCCGCCGGCCUGGGCUCGGUGCGCUCCUGGAUGCAGGGCGCGGGCAUCCUGGACGCCAGUACCGCGGCGCAGAGUGGCGUGGGCCUGGCACGCGCACAUUUUGAGAAGCAGCCCCCCUCCAACCUCAGGAAAUCCAACUUCUUCCACUUCGUGCUGGCCAUGUAUGACCGGCAGGGGCAGCCCGUGGAGGUGGAGCGCACAGCCUUCAUCGAUUUCGUGGAAAAGGACCGUGAACCCGGGGCUGAAAAGACGAACAACGGGAUCCAUUACCGCCUCCGGUUAGUGUAUAACAAUGGACUUCGGACCGAGCAGGACCUCUAUGUGCGCCUCAUUGACUCCAUGUCCAAGCAGGCCAUCAUCUAUGAGGGGCAGGACAAGAACCCCGAAAUGUGCCGAGUGCUGCUCACUCAUGAGAUCAUGUGCAGCCGGUGCUGUGACCGGAAGAGCUGUGGCAACCGGAACGAGACGCCCUCUGACCCGGUCAUUAUUGACAGGUUCUUCCUCAAGUUCUUCCUCAAGUGCAACCAGAACUGCCUAAAGAAUGCAGGGAAUCCCCGAGACAUGCGUCGCUUCCAGGUGGUCGUGUCCACAACAGUGAGUGUGGACGGUCACGUGCUGGCCGUGUCUGACAAUAUGUUUGUGCACAACAACUCCAAGCAUGGUCGCAGGGCGCGCCGCCUGGACCCCUCUGAAGCUGCCACCCCCUGUAUCAAGGCCAUCAGCCCCGGGGAGGGCUGGACCACAGGAGGCGCCACCGUCAUUGUCAUCGGCGACAACUUCUUCGAUGGAUUGCAGGUCGUGUUCGGGAACGUGCUCGUGUGGAGCGAGCUCAUCACGCCCCACGCCAUACGGGUUCAGACGCCCCCACGGCACAUUCCCGGGGUGGUGGAGGUGACUCUGUCCUACAAGUCCAAGCAAUUUUGCAAGGGAGCCCCCGGCAGGUUUGUCUACACAGCCCUGAAUGAGCCCACCAUUGACUACGGAUUCCAGAGGCUACAGAAAGCCAUCCCCAGACACCCCGGAGAUCCCGAGAGGCUGCCCAAGGAGGUGCUGUUGAAGCGGGCGGCCGAUUUGGCGGAGGCCCUGUACGGAGUGCCCAGCAGUAACCAGGAGCUCCUCCUGAAACGCGCGGCGGACGUGGCCGAGGCUCUGUACAGCGCCCCCCGCGCGCCCGCGCCGCUCGGACCCCUGGCCCCGAGCCACCCACACCCCGCCGUCGUGGGCAUCAACGCCUUCAGCAGCCCACUGGCCAUCGCCGUCGGGGACGCCACGCCGGGCCCGGAGCCGGGCUACGCGCGCAGCUGCAGCAGCGCGUCCCCGCGCGGGUUCGCGCCCAGCCCUGGCUCGCAGCAGAGCAGCUACGGGAGCGGCCUCGGCUCAGGCCUCGGCAGCUACGGGGCACCAGGCGUGGCUGGCCUCGGCGUGCCCGGGUCCCCUAGCUUCCUCAAUGGCUCCACGGCCACCUCCCCCUUCGCCAUCAUGCCCUCUAGCCCCCCACUGGCCGCUGCCUCCUCCAUGUCCCUCCCGGCCGCUGCCCCCACCACCAGCGUCUUCUCCUUCUCGCCUGUCAACAUGAUCUCCGCUGUCAAACAGAGGAGCGCCUUCGCCCCCGUGCUGCGCCCACCCAGCUCCCCGUCCCAGGCCUGCCCCAGAGCCCACGGAGAGGGGCUUCCAGACCAGCCUUUUGAAGAUUCCGACAAGUUCCACUCUUCAGCCCGGGGGCUUCAAGGCCUGGCCUACUCCUAAUCACGGUCUGCAGGGGUUGCCCCCACCGAUCCCGGACUGGAGGUCCCUCUGGGAUUCACGCUCAUGUCCUGGAUGGCUGCACAGACAGAUGCAGAACCAGGGCUUCGGGCAGAUGUCAACCCAGGGGCCGGAACAGGCCUCCCUGUGCUUCAGGCCUCCCUGUGCUUCAGGCCUCCAGCCCCACAGACUUCUCUCACCUCCCCUUCUUGGGGUCAGUUGAAGCCCUAGCACUGUGCUGAUGCUUUUGGCAGGAGAGCAUCCUGAGGCACUGGAAUGCUGGGCCUUACUGGGUCAGUUCCUCUGGAAGAGAUGGACCUUGUGCAGACCAGACCGUCAGGUGGCAGGAGCAGGGGUGGGGACUGUGGGAAAGAGGACAGCUCAGGGAGAGGUACUGUUUGUGUCUGACCCAUCACAACUGGCCCAGCAUCCCAUCUCGGGGGCAAAGGGUGGUGCCCGGCAGCCUCAGGAGGCCUGCCCAGGCUCCCGUGGAGCUCACAAUGGCUGCCUGCCCCCAUGGCUGCCCCCUUUGAGGCCUGCACAUUCAUGCUUGCCACAUUACAAAUCCCACUGGGGGUUUUCAGCGUGGAGGGUGCAGAGGAGGGAGUGCCAAGCCCCCUGAAUUAUGGGUCUUCCUCGCAGCGGCUAUCUCGUGGGCUCUGUCUGGCCCCACACGCACAUGACUCUGCUGGCCUCCUAGCACCAUGGAAUGGGCCUAGCGACCACCAACCUCAUAUUCUGCUCUGCUGAGGUUGGAGAAAACAGAACAAUAAACACAGAUGCAGGUGGCCGCCCAACUUCUCUUGCCUGCUUCCUUGGUGUGGGUCUGCUUUUCUCAGUGGUUCUGCAGCUCUCCUGGGCCCCUCCCCCCAACCAGGCCCCUCCCCCCCAACCAUGCCCCUGUGCAGCCUUCUUGAACCUUGGGCUUUUUGAACAGCCCGAGUUCAACUGAGCAACCCAUGUCUGCUCUCAGCUAUUGCUGGUGGGGGUGGUGGGCAGGCUAACAGACCUGAGGUGUUAGGACAUGGGCUCCACCCCAAAAGCUUAGGCAAGGAGCAUGGUCCGGACCUGCGAAGACUCAGUACCCCGCACUGUUUGGCCAGGACUGAGGUGCAGAUUGUCAGAGGGCUUCCUGGGAAUCAGAACAGAGCAACCCAAACACUGUUCAGUUGUACCCAGAUCAGAAAUGAGAUGCAUUCUGAAUGGAGGGGGCAGGGCCUCAUGGGGGCGGGGCAGGGUAGGGCAGCUUUUGGUCCUCAGGUUGCCUAUUUGAGCAAGUCCCAACCACCCCCUUCCCCAAGCCUAGGCCCCCUUGGCUCUCCAAUCUCAGAGUUUGGGAGAAGGGAUAGUAAAGUGGGAAGAUUCCCAGGCUCAUUUACCUCUCCUAGGAUGAAUUCCCACCAUUCCCUGAGAUGUGUCCCCUAGAUCCCAAAGGUCUAGCUGUCUGACGCUAUCUAGAUCCCAGCAUCCAGCUCCAGGCCUCAGGCUUUACUCUCUUAAUGGUUGUACUUCUUGGCUCUGGCCUCUGGAAAGUCUGCCCUUCCCCAGCCCAUGGGGCCAUGCCCUGCAAUCUUCUGGACAAACACUUGCCAAAGCAGAUGGGGUGCCCAUGGCAUUCAGAGACCUUCACUCCCUUCUCUUGUAUCUUGGCCAAUACCUGGGAUUCAUCUCAUCUGGGGCCCAUGACAGGGGUAGCUCUCUGGGCAUCUCCAUGCUCACCUGGCCUCCCCCUCCCUUCCUGCUCCCAGCCCGUGUUGCAGAACCCCAAAGCCUGCCAGCCCACCCCUGCAGUUCCAGCUGCCCCAGGCCCUCGCAGGCUGGACACCUGCAGAACUGUAAUCUGCACUGGAUGAGGGCGGUAGCUGGAUAGUGGCCACACUCCGGUUCUCUGGUUGAUGAAAAUGAUGUGUGUUUUCUGUCCUCAGAGAUCUCAACACUGCGCUCAGGCCACCAUCCAAAUCAAACACUGCCCUCUCCCUCAUCUGCGGAAGGCAGUUCUAAAUCAAUGAUGCUUUUUGCCUUGGACUGAAUUGUGUCCUUCCAAAAUUCAUACACUGAAGCCCUCCUUCCAUGUGAUGUAUUUGUAGGUAGGGCCUUUAAGGAGGUGAUUAAGGUUAAAUAAAGUUAUAAGAGGGGGGCCCCACCCGGAUAGAACUGGGGUCCUUGUAUGAAGAGGAAGAGACUCCGGAACUCUCUCUCCACCAAGUGAGGACACAAUAAGGUAUCCAUCUAUAAGCCACAAAGAGAGUCCUCACCAGGUACUAAAUCAACUGACACCUUUAUCUGAGACUUUGAACUUGCAGACCUAUGAGAAAAUAUAUUUGCGUUGUUUAAGCCA